AGAUAUUUUCGAAAAAGGGUCUUAUUUCGGAAACUACUGAAACUAAAAUUAUGAAAAAAUGAACAUUAAGAGAGGUUUUCUUAAGACCACAUAUGCAGAGAGUUCUAGCAGGGUACGGAGCCUUCGGUAUGCAAGUUGAGAUAGUUUUUGUGUUUUUUCUUUCGAUUAUGACUGUAAGGGGGCAAUAAUAGGUAACUUUUGGGUACUUAGUUAAACAGGGUAAAGAGAAAAAUGUCGGUGGAGAUACUUGUAAAAAGAAAGGCAUACGUCAAAUGUGCACCCCAUUUACGGAGCAAGCGUGAUAAUAUUGAUCAAAAGACGGUAAAAGCAGAAAACGACAAAAAUAAUGAGAGCAAGGUGGGGCAUCAUAAUGACGUUCCCGUCCAGUUGUCUUUAAUUUCAACCGAACCUCUAGACGGUGUAAUAGUGAUAAUACCGAUAAAAAUUUUACUAAUCCACACCAUCACAGAAUUAUAAUAAAUAACAACAAUAUAGCGGGUUGUGCUCUAACGAUAAUAGUAUUAUAUUAAUUUAUUUUUUACCCGUGCGACUGUGAUCAUAAUUUACCGAACUCAUGAUUGGUUCAUUUUGGAACCUUUGUAGAACGUGUCCUUCGAUGCCUGUAGAUAAGCUGCAUUCUGAAUAUCGAAGUACGUAUCGAUGGCAUGAGUACACAGGGUCUAGACAAGACGAUGUUAUACGAAAAGCCCCCCAAGCUAAUGGAACGGCUGUCGCCGUAUCUGGAGAAAUUCCGAACGCUAUUCAGAGUGCGGUUCCAUCGAAACAAGACGAUACUCAAAACGAAUGUAAGUCGAUAAAAAAAGUGAUUGAGAAUGGUCGUGUAGUUAGUUAUAUAAUGUCUCCAGUGCUCAAAAUGGAACCCGCUUUACCCAGGCGUAAGAAACAUCCGGAAUUAGCUUAUCGUCAUCACGAGUUUAUAACCAACGAAGCGGAUUUGAAUCCCAACAUUGAAUCUUCAUCGUUUCUUGAUCGAACAAGGAAUGCGGAAUUAACCGAAUACGAGUCAGAAGUGAGAGGCGGUGGUCAUUGGAAACCGUCUCGAAGGAGCAAGUCUGAAGGACCUUCCCGUACCAAUCCUGACGAUACAACUGAUAACGGCGAGAGACGUAGGGAAUCGGACCCUGAUAUUGACAACAUGAAUCGGGACGCUGGUUUGAUAAAGAAAGCCAUAUCGAAAAUUAGCACAGAAUAUCGUCUCCAGUUUGCUUGGCCUCAGGGACAUAUUUCGCGAAGAGAUAAAGUUGAUGCAUCUUGCACGCCAAGAAAAUCAUUGUCAAUGGGAGCGAUCAAGCCUUCCGUUAACGCCAUUGUCCACCGAAAAAGGACCGAUCAUGAAAAUAAAGAUGAGAGUGAAUUGGAACCAUUGGUUGUCAAUGACGCGACAAUCCACGAGGAUGCAAGAGAAAAUAAGGUACAAGGGGAUGUCGAUUUCAAAACAGAAUAUAAAAAGAAAUUUCGGCCAUUUUCGCAGUACGAAUACACCGAUGGUAGAUUUCUCGAGAGAAAUAACAAAUGCAAUGAAAACGUUGCUAAAGAAGUGGCCGACAACAACAAGGGCCCGUGGUAUCGGGAAGUGGUAGAACUCAGGAAAAAAGCAGGAGAAUACAAGUACAGAGGAUGGGGAACUGAACUAGCACCAGAAAGAAUAGCGGAAUUGUAUAACAAACAACUAGAGUUAUGGGAUCAAGUUUCCCAGCGAAGUUCGCUAUCGGCGUUGUCCUUGGCCUCAACUGCCCACAGGUCAUAUACGAAAGAUGAAAAGGAUGAAAGCAAUAAGAGAAGCACGCCUGCCUCUAAAUCUUUAAGAAAUACUGACAGUAGAAUCACUAGGGAAUUAAUACGGCAUCAUUUAGAACGAACUACCGGGGGUUCAGAAAUGGAUGGUCUUAUUUUGUCUCCGACUCGUGAAAAAUUAGAACCGACUAUUCCACGAAAGGACGACGGCUAUAGAUCGACUAAAGGUAGUCCCCAGAAGAGCAGUCCACUGAAAAGUUCGCCACAAAAGUCGUCGCAGAAGAAGACCUACCAGAAGCCCAAGACAAUCUCGAAGAACGUGAGAUCGCAAUCAUUAGACCCGGCUGAAGUUCGAGCUGAAAAGCCCAAGUCGCCAAAACACCAAUCUCGAUCCGCGACGACUAAAGAGAAAAAGCAACUUAACAACAAUAUAUCAACUCUACGAAAAUCUAGACCAUCUUCCUUGUCUACUACAUCUCGAUCUAAAUCUAACUUUGUUAAAACGGAAGACAAACAACAAGCUAAACCUAGUAGCAAGCAAAAUGUCUCUCAUGUAGCCGCAGUCAAACAACCAUCAGGAGUAGGAAUUGGGCGAGCAGGGGAAAGCACGGAGAAGUCUUUUAAAAAUGAAGUGGACGAGGUGCAAACGCAAUCAAACUUCGAGGCAGUCGAUUUGGAACCGGUGGUGAAAUCACCACCCGAACCGACAAGGGUUAAAUCGCCGGAGCAAAUUUUAGUACGUUCACCCGAUCCUGUAAAUUGGACGGUACCUUUGGACACGGGAAAAACAUUUACAGUAACUCAAAACAUUCCCGAAAGCGACUUUGGCGUGAGAUCGUGUAGCGAAGCUAAAGUGUGGACGCCACCGGAAUUGCCACCCCCGAUAGCCCAAUCAGCCCCACCUCAAUUACCGAUGGAACAAAUUAAAGAACAAGGCAUGUCCAUCUCGUAACUUGGGACACGAUUACUGCUUGCCGUUCCCAUUUGAUUGUUUUGCUUUAGCUAGAACUUUAAAAGACAACAACAAACAGGCGCAAAAUCAGCAUCAGCGAAAAGAUAUUUUCGCAGUAGAACAGGAAGAAGCGGUCGCUGACGAAGAGCCAUCAGCGAGUAAUGACGAGUUAAAAUCAGAAAAAGAAGAAGAAAACGACUCAAACAAUUCAUCCCCUAAAGUUUCGACUACUGAAGAAAAGAACAAUGAAUUUCCCCAAUGUUCUCCUACUACAACUACAACUACAACAACUACCGCUGUAGCUGUUAGUCAUUAUUCGCUAUUGCAAACUUCAGCAGGUCAAACAUUCGCAUCGGAAAUGCUAGAGAAAGCACGCAAUCGUUUCGAUCGCUUCUGGGGAAGAAACUCGAAGGAUACAACGUAAAAUUUUGGCCAUCCUAGUUACAGGAACGUAUUGUUAAAAUUCAAGUUGCUGUUACUGCACAUCUGAGCGUCAAGCAAAGUAAUCAACUUUUAUAAAUUUAUACACAUAGCUAGGCUUCAGCUAACUAUUUAUUAUCUACAUACAUACAUACAUACAUACAUACGUGUUAAAAAAACAAUAGAUAGGAUUUUUCCUACGAGUUACGUUUGCACAACGUUUUGUUAUAAAACUGUUACUCAAUUCCGUUCUAUACGUAUAUAUUCAAUUAAUUUAUAGCAGUCUUAGAGCCUAUCAAAAAAAAAAAAAAAAAGAAAGGA